AUGAUUUUAAAUGUUGAAAAAAUACCAUAUUCAUAUACUGGUGUUGAAAUCGCUCAUCAUGUUUCAGAAGUUUUUGAUGACUGGAAUUUGGAAGAUAAAAUAAUAAUUAUAGUUACAGAUAAUGGAAGUAAUGUUAAAUCUGUAGUAACAAGAUUGGAAAAAGAUUGGAUCCCAUGUACUGCUUAUACAUUACAAUUAUCAGUUACUAAAGGAUUGAAAAUAAUUAAUUCUCUAAUAACAAAA